AUGCCCACAUCAGUCGAUUCUAUGAAGUUAUUAGAAACUAUUCCAAUAAAUUUAUAUGUAAUUGGUGGUCCAGUUUUAUUAUUUAUUGGUACUAUUAGUUGUAUAUGCAAUCUAAUUAUAUUUACACGAAAUAAUUUACGGAAAAAUUCUUGUUCAAUUUGUUUAAUAGCAUUUAAUUUAUCAAGUUUACUUUUACUUUAUUUCUCAUUUCUACCAGCAAUACUUCAAAUUGGUUAUAAUAUUGAACCUGGCUCAUAUAAUCUUAUUUAUUGUCGUAUACGUUAUUAUUUAGGUUUUUUAUUUGCAUGUCUUCCAUCAUUUUAUUUAAUAUUAGCAUCAAUUGAUCGAACUUUAAUUACUUCAUCAAAUAUACGAAUACGUCAAUGGAAUUUAUUACCAACAAAACGAAAGGAUGUUGGUUUACCUGAUGAUAUAUUUGAUGAUCGAUCAAAAUCAAUGGAUGGACAAUAUGUAGAUGGUAUUUCAGAACGGAGAGCAGAACGGAAAGCAAAACGAAAAGCUGACAGAAAAGAAGUUACACAAGUUUAUGAUUGGAUGUAUACAAAUUGUCGAUCAUUUCGUUGUUCAUGUUAUAUAUUGACAAUUAUUUGGUCAAUAGGAUUUAUGUUAGAAUUUCUUGGUCGACUUGCACUUAUUCUUGCUCAUUUAACCACCAAAGAAAUUGUUAUUUGGGGACAUGUUAUUUUGGGUGUAGUGGUACUAAUAUGUGGUAUACUAUCCCUUAUUUGUUUAAUAAUAGAACGAAGAAAAACAUUACGAUUCAUCAAACAAUGGAAAGAUGGAUAUUAUUAUAAUAAUAUACGAGAACGACGACAAAGACGACAAGACUAUGUUGUAUGGACAAGUCAUUAA